AUAAUGAGAAGGUAAGAGAGUCCGCGAGAAGGAGGGAAACACAUGAUUGUAGUAUGCGGCAACAAAUCUCUUUUCCUUCUUCAUUCAUAUAUACAUCCAUUCCUUCUUCAUCUUCUCUCUCUCUCUCUCUCUUCCCUGCUUUCUUUCUUCAAUCAAACAAACAGAUCCGUUUACACACAAAAAAAAAACGAUUCCCUUUAAAUUUCUUCGGUUCUCUGUUUUUUAUUUUUUAAACCAAUGGGUUCUGCCAAACAAGUAGUUAUAAUAGGCCAUAAUAAUAAUAUUUCACACGAUUCUGGUAAUGCUCGUCUUAACGAACUCGGUUACAAACAAGAACUCAAGCGUGACCUUUCGGUUCUAUCAAAUUUUGCGAUUUCGUUUUCAAUUAUAUCUGUGCUAACUGGAGUAACCACACUUUACAACACUGGUUUGACCUAUGGAGGUCCUGUUUCAAUUGUAUAUGGAUGGAUUAUAGCUUCUUUUUUCACCAUGCUUGUUGCACUUUCAAUGGCUGAAAUUUGUUCAGCUUUUCCAACUUCUGGUGGUCUUUACUAUUGGAGUGCCAAACUUGCUGGUCCCAAGUGGGCCCCAUUUGCCUCAUGGAUUACUGGCUGGUUCAAUAUUGUUGGCCAGUGGGCAGUGACAACAAGUGUAGAUUUUUCACUUGCGCAGUUCAUUCAGGUUAUCAUUCUUCUUAGUACGGGUGGAAAAAAUGGUGGUGGUUAUGAAGGAUCUAAAUAUGUAACUAUUACUUUCCAUGCUGGAAUUUUGCUCCUGCAUGGUAUAAUAAACAGCCUUCCAAUCUCAUUGUUAUCAUUCUUAGGAGAGUUGGCUGCUUUCUGGAAUGUUGUAGGUGUUUUUGUGCUUAUGGUUAUCAUUCCAUCUGUUGCAACGGAAAGAGCUAGUGCCAAGUUUGUUUUCACUCACUUCAAUAGUGACAAUGGGGAAGGAAUCAAUAGUAAACCCUAUAUAUUUCUCUUGGGACUUCUAAUGAGUCAGUUCACCUUAUCAGGAUAUGAUGCAUCAGCUAAUAUGACAGAGGAAACCAAGGAUGCAGAUAUAAAUGGACCAAAAGGAAUUAUCAGUGCUGUUGGGAUAUCUAUUAUUGUCGGAUGGGGUUACAUUCUAGGGAUUACCUUUGCUGUUACUGACAUCCCUUACCUUUUGAAUGAAAAUAACGAGGCUGGUGGAUAUGCUAUCGCCGAAGUAUUUUAUCUUGCAUUUAAGAGAAGAUAUGGCAAUGGAUUUGGUGGCAUUAUUUGUUUGGGAAUUGUUGCUGUUGCAAUAUUUUUCUGUGGUAUGAGUUCAAUUACCAGCAAUUCAAGGAUGGCUUAUGCUUUUUCAAGAGAUGGGGCUAUGCCAUUGUCAUCAUUGUGGCAUCAAGUUAACAAGCAGGAGGUCCCCAUAUAUACAGUGUGGCUUUCUGUUUUAAUAUCAUUUUGCAUGGCACUAACGUCUCUUGGAAGCAUGGUGGCAUUUGAGGCUAUGGUGUCCAUAGCAACCAUUGGACUAUAUAUUGCUUAUGGAUUACCUAUCUUCUUUAGGGUGACAUUAGCACAAAAGCGUUUUGUUAGAGGGCCUUUCAACUUGGGUCGUUACGGAGUUAUUGUUGGUUGGAUUGCAGUUCUUUGGGUGGUGACUAUCUCUAUAUUAUUCUCAUUGCCUGUUUCCUACCCAAUAACCAUUGAGACACUUAACUACACACCUGUUGCUGUUGGAUGUUUACUCCUUCUUGUACUUUCUUAUUGGGUAAUCAGUGGUAGACAUUGGUUUAAAGGCCCUUUCACCACUAUUAUACAAAAGUGAACUUUUUAUGUACAUAUUUAAUGAAUUGAACUUCAAUCAGUGUUGGGAGUUUCUUCGUUGUUGUUGGAAAACAAUAAUCAAGUUGCCAUUGCAUACCGCCUUCUUAACCACACAAAAAAAUACCCCAAAAGAAAUUGCAUACCACCUUAUUUGACUAAUGUUGCGCCGGUUUUCAACUUCGAAGGAGAUAAACUGCUUAGAUCGCUAAUGCUUUGAUUGGUUGGAAGCAGAAAUUGUAACUAGAGAAAGCAGUGGAAAGAGUACUAGAAGAGAGAAAGAGGUGAAAAUAGAAUAAAGUUGAUGUAAUUGUUUGAUAUAAGAGAAAGAUAUGAGAAAUAAAGGUGAAAGAAGUGUGUUAUCUCUCUA